AUGACGUCAAAAUGGACACAAUAUAGGAAUAUAGAAAUCUCUUCUGCACUUGCCCUCCAGGAUGCCUUCAACAUGUUUGACAUUGACGGGAACGGUUCCAUCUCGGUCGAGGAACUGGGACUUGCCAUGAGGUCGAUUGGUGAAAACCCAUCUUCAAAAGAAAUCCGACAAAUCGUGGAAUGUGCCGAUCUUGACCGAAAUGGAACGAUCGAAUUUGAAGAAUUUGUUGUGAUGGUUGCCGACCGAUUAAAAGACUUCGACGCCAUUUCAGAAAUGAAGGAAGCUUUUGAGGUAUUUGAUCAGGACGGUGACGGGUUUUUAGAUAAAGACGAUAUUCAAAGAGCAAUGGAAGGACUGGGCGUGUCUUUAACAGCACCGGAAGUGACGCAAAUGAUGGAGGUGGCAGACGCUAACAAAGAUGGCCGACUGGAUUACAAAGAAUUUGUGGCGAUGUUGACAAAAGGAGACCAACACAGAGCUGACAAUAUCCUUUUAUCACUGAAACCAUCUUUAACAAUAUGA